AAGACACAGAGACCCAGAUCAGACUUCUUCCAUGGCUGCGCUUGCUGGUCUCCACACAAUGAGAAAUAGAUACUUAAGGUUGCUGCCAGGUAGGUGGGAUUAUAACAAUGAGAUAUACGAGUAAAUCUAUGUGAGGAUUCUCUAUCCAGUUUGAGCAUAUUGUCUCUUUGUCAGGAUAUUUUACUUGUUUCCCAACUAUCUCUAUGGGACAAGUGUAAACAUUUUAAGGAUAUUAGCACAUUUAUAGUCAUUUUCAAAAGAGAAAGCUAGUGAAAUUUAUUCUUCGUGCAAACUUGAGAACUUUACAAAGAUUCUCACUUUACUACCAGUAUUAGUUCAGUUCUUCCAGAGAAACAGAAUCACUGAGAUGUAUAUCUAUGGAGACAGGAAGAGUUUUAUUUAAGGAAUUAGUUCAUAAGACUACAGAGGUUGGAAAGUUCAAAACAUGCAUGCAAAGGAGCAAGCUGGAAACCCAGGGAGGAUCUGAUGUUGCAUUUCAUGUUCAAAAGCAAUUUGAAAGCAGAAAUCCCCAUUCCUGGUAAGGUUCGUCUUUUUUCUCUAAAACCUUCCACCAGUUGGACAAGGAUUACUCACAUAAUGGAAGCCUCAGGACUCUUGCUGCUGUUUUUGCCAUUGGGAUUUGCAGCCCUGGAAACAAGAUCCUGUGCUUGGUGGUGCCCUCCAAACCCUCCGUGUAUCAAUGCCGAUAACUGCCGUUGCUUUCCAGGAUUUGGUUCUUCAUCUGAGGUGACAUUCACUGGCCCCUUGGAGAGUUGUGAUGAUAUCAAUGAGUGUGGACCAUCCUGGAAUGUGUCCUCUGAAAUACAUAUAGACUGCCAGGACUUUAACGAGAGCUACUCCCUUUGCAAAAAAGGAAACAGUCUUCUUUCUCAUGAAAUGUUUGUGAAUGAGUGUAGAAGCAUGACCUCUGGUCUAGAGGCACUGCUGAUUAUAACAUUGAAAACUGCAGCUGAAAAGCUUAAAGCCUCUGACCCCACAGAAUGUGCCCAGUGGUGCCCUCCAAACUCCAAAUGUGUCAAUGCUAAUAGCUGUCGCUGCACUUUGGGAUUCAAUUCAUCAUCUGGAGAAAUCAUCACCAGCCAUUCAGAGAGUUGUGACGACAUCAAUGAGUGUGAACCCCCCUCCACGGUGUCUUGUGGAAAAUUUGCACAGUGCUGGAACACAGAUGGGAGCUACUACUGCACAUGCAGCCCAGGAUACCAACUUGUUUCUGGGGCAACGAUGUUCAGGAAAGAAAGUGAGAACACAUGUCAAGUUGUCAAGCCUGAGAAUACCACAAAGGACCAGGACUCAGAAAAAUGUUGUGUCAGACCUGAGCAGGAUGACAAGAACACCCCAACAUACACACUUGGAGAUCUGGAUAAACAGAAGAGGCUCCCAUCUGGACCAGACAGCAACAGAGAUCAUCAUAAGGAACCAUUGCCACAGGGCCAAACCUCUCCCAAGGAGGUCAAACCAGGCUCCAUGGGGGGCCAGACUGAUGGGGGACAGAAGAAGGCUAAGCCCCACUGGCAAGAAGCCAAAGGGAUCAUCUUCCCCACCUGGGCUGCACCCUCAAGAGUCAAGAGCAAGAGGCUCUCCCGCUUCUUUGACAGGGUCCACUAUCUGAGUAGAAACUUCAAUUCAGCCUCUGUCCAGAGCACUGUCCAGGAAGUCAUACAGGAAGUGGAUGAAAUGCUGGAGAGCCCCGGGGACCUGGGAAACCUGGCCCCCACAGAGCAGCACUCUGUGGCCACUAACCUGCUCUUUGGCCUGGAGAAUGUCCUAAGAGGGCUGAGCAAGGCCCUGCACAAUGGGUCUGCGACAUUCACUUCAUCUGCAGGCACAGAAUUCUCCCUGAAGGUUAUGGAGGAAGAAGAUAGGACUAUCACCUUGACUCAAAAUCAGACAAAGAUGCUGCUGACCUGGGAUACACUGCACGAAUCUAGUGAUUCAGGUCCUAUUGUGGUGGGCCUUGUCUCUACACCAGGGAUGAGAAAAUUGCUUGCCAAUGUCUCUUUGGUCCUGGAUACUGAGGAGGAGAUAGUUCUGCAUGAGUCACAAAUGGUCUUGAGACAGGAAAUCUCCCCCAUCCUGCUGUCAAAUGUGGUAUCCGCCUUUAUCAACCUCAAUAACACACAGAACCUCAACUCCCCAGUUACCUUCAUCUUUCAGCAUUCAGUGACCCUUGGGCCAAGGCAGAAAGUGUUCUGUGUCUUCUGGGAGAAUAGCCAGAAUGGAAGUGGUCAUUGGGCCACCAAUGGCUGCAAGAUGGUGGGCACCAAAGACAAUAGCACCAUCUGCCAGUGCACCCACCUCAGCAGCUUUGCCAUCCUCAUGGCUCACUACGAAGUACAGGAAGAGAAUACUUCACUCAAUGUGAUCACCUACAUCGGGCUGACCCUCUCUCUGCUGUGCCUCCUCCUGGCGGCCCUCACCUUCCUGCUGUGCAAACCCAUCCAGAACACCAGCACCUCACUCCACCUGCAGCUCUCCAUCUGCCUCUUCCUGGCCCACCUGCUCUUCCUAAUAGCCAUCGACAGAACUGAGAUCAAGGUGCUGUGUAGCAUCAUCGCAGGUGCCUUACACUAUCUCUACCUGGCCUCCUUCACCUGGAUGCUGCUGGAGGGCCUGCACCUCUUCCUCACUGCACGCAACCUGAUGGUGGUCAACUACUCCAGUGUGAACAGGUUCAUGAAGAAGCUCAUGUUCCCUGUGGGCUAUGGAGUCCCGGCUGUGAUUGUGACCAUAUCUGCAGCAACCCGGCCUCAUCUCUAUGGAACAUCCAGCCGAUGCUGGCUCCACACAGAAGAAGGAUUUAUAUGGACCUUUCUUGGUCCUGUCUGCACCAUCUUCUCUAUUAAUCUAGUCUUCUUCCUUAUAACCUUCUGGAUUCUGAAAAACAAGCUCUCCUCACUCAACAAUGAUGUGUCCACUCUCCGGAACACUAGGGUGCUGACAUUUAAAGCCACAGCUCAGCUCUUCAUCCUGGGAUGCACAUGGUGUCUGGGAAUCCUGCAGGUGGGGCCAGCUGCCCACGUCAUGGCCUACCUCUUCACCAUCAUCAAUAGCCUGCAGGGCGUCUUCAUCUUCCUGGUGUAUUGCCUCCUCAGCCAACAGGUCCGAGAUCAAUACAGGAAAUGGUACAAAAGAGUCAAGGAAACCAAAACUGAGUCUGAGGAGUACACGCUUUCCAGCAAGACUAUAUCUGAUCCCUCUAAACACAGUAUGGAUAAUUAAGUCAGCAGCUGAACAAGAUGAUCUAUUAUGGCAGAUGAUGAGGAAAAUUCUGAACUGUUAUCUUUGGGCAAAAAGUUAAAAAAAAUAAUUUUUCAUGUUUGUUACAAGUAAUUCCGAGGCUCCAUUGAGGAAGAAAGGACAAAGGGAAGGUUUCACAUUCAGUUACUGGAGUUUUCUGGUUUUCUGCUCCAUAUGGUAUGCUCACCUCACUUCCAGCAGUCAAGUACCUAUUACCCAAUUCCCCAGUUGCCUUGGAUUAAAUCGUCUGCUUCAACUGCUUUGCUACAAAGAAAUUCUUCAAGUUGAAGAUAUAUGACAAGGAAAAUGAGCCGAAAUGAUUAUCUUAAAAUACCAUAUGAGAGGCAAUAAGGUUCAGAUAUCUACUUAUAGGAUAAAGAACGAGUUUGGUUUACCAAGUUUUUCUUGGUUUAUCUCCUAGGUAACACCUGCAUUACAGGCAACCUAGGACAGUUGGUCUCCAUACAUCAUGCUUCAACUUACUCUCCAUUUCUAAAAUUACUAAUUUAUUCAUUAGAAAAAAUGUAUUUUAUUACUUACCAUGUGCUGCACAUAAGUUAAAACAGAUCUAGCUUCUGAUUUCACAGAGCUUACAUAUAAAAAUAAAACACUUUCCUCAGCAUAAAAUCAGAACCCUGUCAAUAGAGUCUCUACAUCUUCACACUGUGUAAGCUGAUCUGGGUUUUAAAAAAGUGUAUAUUGCUUUUUCACUUUUUUGAAGUUUUAUUUACAUAUAUAACAUAUUCUUUCAUCAAAAUUGGGAAGUUAUUGCAUUGCAGUAUAUUGCUAAUAAUUGAAGUUCCCUAGAUUUCAUGGAAAAGGAUGAUUUUUCAGAUGUAAAACAUCAAAAUUUUUCAAUUGGUUGUGCUUUCAAUUACUUAGAUUCUAAUUUUUAAUUGAAAUUUUUCUUAAUUUGUUUUAAAUAUGUAACCAUCAACUCAUAAUGAAUGACAAAAUAAAUGGGGGUAUUAUCUGUAUAAGUUAAAAAGAAUAAAAUGCAAAUGUAGCAUAGCUUCUAUAAAGACAUGAAGAUAUCGCCCAUGUACAUUGUUAUGUGAAAGAAAACAGCAACCUGAAACAUAACAUGCACAGUGUUAUCUAGAUUAUUCUUCAAAAGAGUAAUGUAUAUUUUAGAUUUGCAAAGUCAAGAGCUUAUGUUUGCUGGCAGUAAUUAAAGGUUUAGUAUCUUCUUUGUUAUAUCUGAGAUGUUGCAACAAGAAUAUAUUACUACUAAUGUGAUUUAAAAGUUAUAAGGAUUUGCUUUGAAUCUGUAAGGAAGAAUACACAUUCUAUUCAUAAUGAAUAAUAUUUCUGCUAAGGGUACAGGGAUUGGGAUAGAGGUCUAGAAGAAAGUUGGCAGUAUCUCUCAUUUGUGAUGCAGUAUUUAAAAUUACAGCAUAAGCACAUAGUGUUUGUGUACUUCACAAUAAAUGGCAUAAAGAAUAAGAAAUUUCUAGAUGUUUGGAUAAACAGUUCAAUUUUUUUAAUAACUACUUAUUUUUAGUUUGACGUGAAGAUAAAGAUAAAUGCAAAAAAAAGUAUAACAUUAAAAUUUAUAAAGAAGAGCAAGUAGUCUGGAACACAGGCAGCUCUGGGGUGCCACUUUCCCCAAGUCUUAUAUGUGUGAUUAUAUGGAGCCACUGCUCUCACCUUAGUGCAAGGCCAUGAUGCUGUAGGUGGAGGGGGAACCAUAAGAUAAGAAUAUUUAUAGGCUCACCUUCUCCCUUCCCCUUAAGAAGAAUUCUUAAGCUAUUCAACUUCUUCUGCCUCCCAACACUGAAGCCCUGUGUUCUGUAGUCGAUCAUGGGCCUUGCUUUUUGCAUACCAGGGUAAUAGCAAGCAAGGAUUUCAAGACAGAUAUGGGAUCUUUGCCCUUCUCUACUCUAGAGAGCAAGUCCAUAAACCUAUCAAAUAAUCAGCUGGAAUCCAUUCCAAAUUUGUGAUUCUUUCUUUAAAAUAUUUGCUAAGAAGGAGCAGUUAAACAAAUCAGAGUUCAAAUACAGUAGGACAAAAACAUAACUCUGGGAAAAAAACAUGAAGCAAAAAAAAUCAGUCACAGAAUCUUAUGGAUAGUUUGAUUCAAGAUUUUUUAAA